UGCUUUGUGCCACUGCGUCUGUGGUCUUUGAAGAGGGGAGACCCUUUGAUUGCUGAAUGUAAAAGGGUUCCCUAAUGGCUGGAGACGCCUCGCCGUCCGAUUCUCACUGCUCUUCAGUUGCACCUCGGUACUAGACUGGUGAACACAGACUGCCCUGACGAUGUACUCGCUAUGGCUCCCGCUGCUGCUAUGCUAUGGCUUUUCCCUCUCGACCUCGAAGCCAACAACGACGACACAGUUACCGGAAGCAACGCAUUCAUCGACGAAUGUGACAGAACCAUUCUUCCAAACAACAACUUACGCGAGCAAGUUUGAUGUCGUGCAGCAAGAGUAUUCCACCCUCUCCAGCAUCGUGUAUGACACGGAAAACCCGCCUGCCUUCAGUAACACCCCUAACUUAAAUGAAACCCUAGCAGUUCACAUGGCUAAUGACCAGCUCACAAUGGCUUCAAGUACCGCACCUGCAAGUGAAAGCGCCACGGAAUCCAGCGCUGCCACGUACGAAAGGGAACCACAGACAACACUCCAUUUUGAGGCUCCUUUUUCAACAGUGGCCAACAUCGCUACAAAAGACGACCCCGAAAGUCAAUCAACGAUUACUGAGUCAUCACUGAAUCCAACUGCUCCCAUUGACGACGAAUCUCAGUUAGAGAACAAGCUUCUAAGUAAAACCGGGCAUCACCACGGUUCAUGGAUGCACAACAGCUCAGAUGCUCCAAAAUUUUCAAUGGCUCUUGAGAAAAGCACAUCCACAAUGACGUCAGCAGAGAACUACGCAAGCACUGCUGUGGUUCCCGAAAAGGUUAUAUACAGCAAGGAAGACGAACUCCUAACACAGUCGACAGUUGCAGACAGCGUCACAGAGACCUUUGAAGACGUGCACCGAGCACAGCUACCAGAAGAUACAGAAGCUGAAGCGGCGGCAGCGAUAUCCACAGUGUCACAUGCUGCGGAAACUGGAGAAUAUCGAACAGAGUCUGCAGUCUACCGCACUGCGUCAAGUUCAGGCCCCGAACAGCCCACGCUAGCCACAGUUCAAUUUUUCAUGUCAGAGACUCGAACAACACCGACAACGACAGCAGUCGACUUUGCGCUUGCACAUAGAGGAACAGAAAGCGUUACAACUUUGCUUCCUGCCACCAACGAAACAAUUCCUGCAAGUGGGACAACCAUUUCAGCUACGUAUCGAGACGAGUCUGAAUCAGGUGACGUUUCAGAUGAGACAGUUGAAGAGUUCGCCAUAACGGGCGCUGUUCAAGCAAACGGCACAGAGGAAAAUCUUGCAUCAACCACGGUCCCUUCAUUCGUCCAGGACACGAAAGACGAGGGUGUACCAUUACUGACGACGGUACUGGAGGUGAAGUCGAAAGACGAUUAUGCCAUGACAGCUCAAUUACUUUCCCUCCAAGAAGGAAUGCUGAUGCCGAGCAGGCAGAGAGUUAAACAUGGAAAGAAGACAUCGCCCGCGUCUGUGUCUUACACCAUCAGUGAUGGAACUGGGAAAAAUAGCGGCAAGAAGGGUGGAGGAAUUAGGAUAAUUCAGAAUUUCGACAUAUUUAUCAAUCCCACUGCGAAUAUUACUAAAAGCACGACGUAUCUUACGAAAGUGUGAAAGACUCAUUUGUGUAUCCGUCGACUCUUCUGGUGUAGCGUUUAGCAAUAAAUGGGGAGGCCUUCACCGAUACCAG